AUGGCUCGUCACAGCGUCAACAUACAGUCUUCAAUUUUGCAAGACGAUGGCUUGGUCCCCGAUCGCUCGCUCGUUUGCCUCACAGACUGUGAACCAAGGGCAAACAGAGAUCAGUUCGUCUCGGCAUUCUUUGCGACGUCCGAACUCUUUUGUACUCCAGAGGAGAUACUGUCUCCUUUCAUCAGGCGCUUCAAUGCCGCUGACUAUGCCAAGGCAUCUAAGCAAGGACAUAUCCAUCUUGGAGUAUGCCAUGCUCUUAGAGUGUGGCUAGAAUCCAAUUGGAACCCUGCCACAGAUCAACGUAUCCUUACAUCCCUUGAGAACUUUAUCAUACAGCGAAUACAUAUCGCACUACCCAUGUACUCCGCAUUCUUGCUACACCUUAUUAAGGACCUCCCCACCCUAGAAACGGACAAAACACACGACGAUUCCUUACCCGCCGAUGAGAACAAAAACACAUGUCAGCAUGCAAAUCUGGUCACACUAAAGACAGCAAACAGCUUCUUUAACGACCGAAACGACCAGUUUUCCAUCCUUGACAUGUGUCAUAAGCAUCUAGCAUGUCAGAUUACCGUCAAGCAGAUGAGAAUAUUCUGCUCUAUUCAGAGGAAGGAGCUUCUUGCCGAAAGGUGGAUGCUAAACAAGUCAAGUGCUCCUCACGUAGCAUCUAUGAUGCAGCUCAGCGACGGGCUCUCCAAUUGGGUCAAGCACAGUAUCCUUACCGACCUCGACCCCAAGAAUCGCGGCGCUAUAAGAGGGAAAUGGAUUCUUGUUGCUCAGCAUCUCUUCCAGUUAAACAACUUUGACGGACUUGUUGCUGUUACUUCUGGCUUAGAUGAUCAUGCUGUGGCUAGGCUCAGGGCCUCAUGGAAUGCAGUAUCACUGCCGGUCAAGGAAUCACUCCGCUGUUUGCGGGUGAUCGUUGACCCUUCGGGUAAUCGCAAGAAACUCCAAGCCUUGACCGUCGCCUCCUCGGGUCCAUGUCUCCCCGUUCUCCGCUCAUAUUUGAGCGAGCUCUUUUUCACUAACGGGCGGUAUAAAGAUGUGACACCUAAAGAAGGGAAGGGGUCUGAAGAUUCGGAAAGGAUUAUUAAUUGGGACAAGUAUGCGCGCAUUGCAUCGAUUCUUGAAGUGCUGACAAGUAAUCAACAUCCUAAUGAUAUCACACCAGAUGACAAUUUACAGAGAUGGAUCCAAAAAAGCACCUCUGAGCUGUGGUGUAAAGAUCAGUCUUGCAUCGAGGAGGCAUGUCACCAAAGAAGUAGCUUUCUGGAAUCGGGGGUGCCACUCCGGAAGAGCCAAACAUUUUUGCGUGCUAUUUUCAAGAAGAAGGAUUAA